AUGGAUAAUGUAAGUUAUUAAAAAAUAAUCUGAAAAAUAAUUUCAAAAUUUACUUAUUUAUUUUGUGAUUUUUAUUUUAAAAUUUGUUACGAUUUUUCAUAUAAUAUUGUUUUAGCUUAGCGAUCGCUCGUAUGCAAGUGCUCAUUCUGAAAAUUCAUUAAUGAUUGAUCAUAACAGUACUGUUCCAUCAAAUGCUAGCAAUAAUACAGUACCGCAGGUUAGUUUUUAAUACUUAUUUUGGUUUAUGUAAAUUGUUUAUCUAAGAAAGGUUUUUGAUUGAUUAUUUAUUUUUAUAAUAGAUAUUUUUAGGUAGAAUAGCUAGAUAAUUGAAUGUUUUACUUAUGAGUUACAUAGCUAUGCUUAUUUCCUUUAAAAAUAUUACUUUAAACAGUAAUUUUUGUGUAAAGUUUCAAAGUAUAACACUAUUAAUGUUUCAGCGUCCAAAAACUCCAGAAACUGCGGACAGUGGGUGUCCAAAGGAUAACCGACCCUCAUUUGACAGUCUGGAAGUUAGUAGCAUGGACAAUGUAUUCCGUGGUAUUAGUGCUGGUAAGUUAUUUUAUUAGUUUCUUCAAUUUUUAGAUAUCGUUUAGACGUGUAAUUAUAAUUUAUUGGCUAGUUUAAGCUAAAGAAAAUGUUUUAUAUUAAAAAUUAUACUUUUUUUAAAGUUUGCGGAAGGUUUAGAAAUACGUUUCAAGGGUAAUAUUAUAGAAAAUAUUGAAAAAUGUUGUAGUAGGUAGCAAAGCAUGUUGAAGAAGAUACUUUUUGUUAUAACUUUUAUUAAUAAAUAGAUAGAUGGCUGAACAUUAGUGAGGUAUUGGAUUAGAUAUUGUGUCAACUAUUCCAAAAAACGGAAUGUUGAGAUUCAAAAAAGUCAGAAAAUUAGAGCAAUAUUAAUAUAGACAUCUAUAACUUCAGGCUCAACUUCAACCCCAUUCUCUUCUUCUCGUGCCACAGUGCCACAACGGCUAGCGACUCCACGGAUUGAAGAGAUCCCAGAAGAACAAGAAGGAGAAACGGUGAUGUCGUACCGUUCCGAUCCAACAACAAUUUCCGGCACUACAACAUGUAGCCGUCGAACUCCAGUUGUUCCUAGGCCGUCACCUUUGAACACGAGGAUGUUGAGGCACCUGCCUAAAAUCUAUGAUUCUCCACAAAGUGAGACGCCACUUCAGUUUCAUGGACUUACCAUGGAGUCACCGAAGGCUAUGCCAAAGAGUGCCAUCUAUGAAAAGGUGUUGGAAAGGCAGAUAUGGCAGUUGCGGGAUCAAAUUCAGAUGAUUGAUAGAAUGCGCGAUGAAUAUGAAGUGUUUUUGACUGAGGUACGUUGGUUUUGCAGAAGGUAUGGGUAUGAGAACUAUGAUGAAGAACAAUUUUUUGUGAUUUCUUGAUUAUUUUGUUACCUAAAAUGUAACUUUUGUCAAUUUUGUCACCUAAAUUAUGGUUUCUAUUACUUAAAAUUUGAUUUUUAAUUCCACUGUGCUUUAUUUCAGUCAAAGAACAGCAUCUUAUCCGAACUAAGAGACCAGAUUUACGAUUUGAAUUCAAAGCUAAAUAUUCUAAGUCAGGAGAAGAUAGACUUGACUCAAGCUUUAGCUGGUAUUCGAUCUGAGAAUGCCAAUUUACAUCAAAGAAAUAAGGAGUUGAAGUCGAGUUUGGAAAAAGAAAAACAGAAGGAUAACAAUGAACUUGAGGUAGGUGUUUAUGGUUUAAAAAUGGCAGUUGAAUGAAGGUUUGUUACCUAAAAUUGACUUAAAAUGAAUUUUUUAUCAGUUUUGAUAAAUUUGUUACCUAAAUUUUGAAAAAUGAUAAUUUUUCUCAAGUUUGUUACCUAAAAUUAAAAAAGUUUUUAUUUUUGGCGCAUUUGUUGCCUAAACUUGAAAAAUAUUGAAAUUUAAAGUUUUAUCUACCAUAAUAUCUUGUUCACUUUGAAAUAACCGUGUUUUAGCUAGUCAAGAAGCUGUUGAAUGAGAAACGAACUCAACUGGUCGAAAGUGAUAAAAGGAAGGCGAAUCUGGCCAAGGAAGUGAAGACCUUGAAGGAGAAUGCAACGGCCGACAAUGAGAAGAUGAACGAUUUGCAACAGAAACUCUCGAAGCAACAUGUAAGGUUAAUAAAACAUUUAAAAAUAGAAAAUUUUGGAUUUUAGGUUCAUUUUGUUACUUAAAAUACUAAAAUUUUAGAGUUUUCUCAUAAAUAAUGUCAUUUUCUUUCAGCUAACAGCCCAAAAGCUUCGAGAAGAGAAGGUCAAAAUGCAGAAGGAGAUGGACAAGCUAAAACAAGACCUAGAACAAGCCAAAUCAGCGGCCAGCAGACUGCCUUUGGCCGAGUUACCUUCAGCACAACGACCAACAAAGGCGUCGGCUGCGAAAGCCCAGACAAAGAAGCCGGCUGUCAGCAAAGGCGCCUUGAAGAAUGUGACAUGGAAUCCGAAUCUGGAGGACGUGCAUCAGAACGACAAUUUGGAUGUCCAUAUUCCUAAUGAGAUGGUGGGUUUUUAAAGGGGUUUCCAUGGAUAAUAUUAGUACAUUAUAUUAUAAUAUUGUCUUCAGCUAUGGAUAUCGACCGGAACGUCGGAAGGAACGACGAUAGAUACGUUCAAAAGCGAUAACGGCCAAUUGGUUGUACGACAGACGCUGGCUGAUCGAUGCAAAGUCUACAAGAAUGGAGGUAUCGAGGAGAAGUCUUUCAAAUGGACCUACAGGGAUGAUAUUCAAAUUGAGGUAGGGAAAGAUUGGCAGUUUAAAAAUUGAAAAAAACGUAAAAAAUGAAAUUUUUGUUACCUAAAAUAUUUAAACCUAAAAUACAUUACAGAUUGACUACCAAGACGAAGAACGUCUCUUACUGGUCGAUAUCUUCACGAUAAAAGUUUAUGUAUACAAAUCGGGUCUACUGAUGGUUGAUUAUGGUCCAGAAGGACAAAUGUACAUAUUGCCAGAUGGUCAGAGGGUCGAAGUCAUCAACAAUCAAAAUGAGUUUGAGAGGUUUGAAUUGUAGGUUUUGAAAAGCGGAAUUUUUGACUUAUUUGUUACCUAAAAUUAAGAAAAAUGUCAUUUUUGAACAAUUUGUUACCUAAGUUAAGAAAAGUUUGAUUUUAUUGCGAAUUGUUAACUAAACUCAUAAAAAAUGUCAUUUUUAUAUAAUUUGUUAACUAAAAUUAAGAAAAAUGUGAUUUUUAAACAAUUUGUUACCUAAAUUUUCCUAUUUAAGAUUCAACCAAACAAAUGUUCAAACAUAUGACCACAAUACCUCAACUGACGGCCCAAUUGAGUAUAACAAGAAGAAGUACUCGAAAAGAGCGUUCAACGAUACUAAAGUCAUGUACCUAGAAGACAAGUCUAUCAACUUCUUCAACAAACACUUUGAAUGUAGGUAUAGCGAGGACAAGUUCAUCAGGUUCCUCUCCAAACCUCACAAUCUACUCUUUGAUCUACAUUGGAGGACGGGCAGAGUCGACAUACAACAUUGGCAUGGGCAUGAUCUACCGCGAGAACCGUGCUAUUGUAAUGAGUAUCCUUCACAACGAGUUCGACAGUCGUAG